AUUUCAAAAUCUAUUAGCUAGGCACCUGAACGACCACGGUAUACAGGGAUAUACAAUGUAAUACUGACAUAAGAUCACACACAUAGUUUGGACUUGAUGGAUUUGGGCAUUUUUUCAACCUUGACUACUAUGCAUCUAUGUAGAUUGUAAUAUACUGUCUUUGUGCACAGAAUCAUGUUCCUAAAGAAGAAAGCAGGGAUGAGAAAGCUUUGAUGCAGAGCGAGACCACACCUCCUUUAACACCACGGGCUGUACGACUAGAAAGGAUGACACAGGCUCUUGCUCUUCAGGCUAACUCUUUAGAAGAUGGAAGAGAAUCUCGGGCAAGCUUGGGAGCUGAAGGUCUGGGUGGCACCAACAGUACAAGCCAGGACUCCCUUCAUAAAGCUGCUAAAAAAAAGAGCAUAAAGUCCUCCAUUGGGCGCCUGUUUGGAAAGAAAGAGAAGGGGCGCAUGGGACAGAUGGGACGAGAAUCCUCUUCUUUAGGUAAGUGACAGUACAAAUUCAAAUUGACAUGCAAAACAUUUUCAACUGUUCGCGCAACAAAAAAAAUAUAUUUCACUUCUAGGAAAAUGCUGGUUGGUUAAAACUGCUCUUAUCUUUUAAGAUUUUAUUUACUCUAUGUAAUGUUCCCAUCCUUCAGCUAAUGCCAACACAAGUAUGGUAACAGGUAGCUUACUGGGUAAGAUACAAACUGAAAAUAUGUAAGUUUAAAAAUCUAAGUGAACCUAAUACAAAAAUAUACUAAAUAAGCACAAAGGGACAUUAAUUACUUUCAACAUGAUGUCCCUUCUGUGCUUCUGUCUUGUAGUUCAGUAGAAAUCAGUAGAACAUUUGCGCAAGGUAAAUGCUGAAGUAUAUGCAUUUUGCCUGUGCAAAAAACUAAAGCCAAAAAGCCACUGUUGGCAAAAAAUACACAUUGGGGUUGAUUUACUAAA